AUGACUCUCAACUGGCAGAUCCAAGCCCAAAAAGGCAAAGACAUCUUAAACAACUCUAUUCCGAAGCAAUGGCUUCUCCCUGUCGACAGGCUACCGCCAGUCUCGCAGAAGAGUGUGGCUGACUUCCCCCAGCAAAGUGGAUUGUUGAAUGAACGCGAGCUCGUUAUCACUGAUAUGUCGGCCACGGCGCUGGUGAAGGAAAUGGGGAAUGGAAAACUGAGCGCAGAAGAAGUUGUGGUUGCGUUCUUGAAAAGGGCUGUGCUGGGCCAUCAACUGCUCAAUUUCGCAACGGAGUUCAUGGCCGACGAGGCAAUCGCUCGUGCCAAAGAGCAUGAUGAGUACUACAGACGCACAGGAAAACUGGUCGGGCCUUUGCAUGGCAUACCAAUCAGCGUGAAAGAGCAUAUAGCUAUGAAGAACCGAACAUGCAACACGGGAUACGUAGCUUGGAUCGACAAAGUCACCACAGAAGACUCCCUUCUCCUCCAAAUCCUAUCCAAAGCCGGCGCCAUUUUCCAUGUUCGGACUAACCAGCCUCAGUCGUUAAUGCAUCUGUGCUGCAGCAAUAACAUCACUGGCAUAACCUUGAACCCACUCAACCGGACUCUAAGUCCAGGCGGGUCCUCCGGAGGUGAAGGUGCCUCAAUGGGUUUCCGGUGUGCGCCACUAGGGAUUGGAAGUGAUAUCGGCGGGUCGAUUCGCUGCCCCGCGGCGUUUUGCGGUGUGUACGGCUUUCGUCCGUCUUCGCUGCGGAACCCUGGAACAGGGAUUAAAGUCGCUGCUUCUGGCCAGGAGACAAUCCGCGGUGUGGUGGGUCCGAUGGCUAGUCGCUCGAUUGAGGAUCUAGAGCUAUUUCAGAGAGCUAUUUUGGAGCAGGAGCCUUGGAAUAUUGAGACGUCGCUGAUGCCUGUACCAUGGAAGAUGGUUACUCCGACGCGGGAUAUGACUGUGGCUAUUAUGUGGGAUGAUGGCUGCGUCCGCCCCCAUCCACCUAUCACUCGCGCUUUGAGACAUGCCAAGGAGAAGCUCCUUGCAGCAGGCGUGAGGGUCGUUGAUUGGGAGCCUCACAAGCACCAGCAUGGCUGGGAAGUUAUUUCCGCUCUGUACUACCCUGACGCUGCCAGCAAGCAACGCGAGCUUCUUGCCGAAUCAGGCGAGCCAGCACGCCCACUCACCGAAUGGGCUUUUUCCUAUAGCCGAAGUACGCCUCUUUCUCAUCCUGAGGCAUGGGCCCUGCACGAUCAGCGCGAUAUCUAUAGGGACGAAUAUCACGCUCUCCUCAAUCAGCGCGGCGUAGAUUUUAUUCUCUCUCCGACUUAUCCCGCUGCCGCGGCAGUGAUGGGCGAGUCGCAGUAUUGGAAUUAUACUGCGAUCUGGAACUUGGUUGACCUGCCUUCCGUAGUGUUCCCAUCUGGAAUCACUGUGGACUCGAAGGUAGAUGUGUUGACGGAGCAGGACAGGCAAUAUGUUCCCAGGGAUGAGGUUGAUGAGAGGGAGUGGCGUAAGUACCAUGAUCCUGAAAGAUAUGAGGGCGCGUCCGUGGGAUUGCAGAUUGCUGGGAGGCGGUUCAAGGAUGAGGAGACCCUAGCGGCUGCCAAAGUUGUUGAGGAGAUUGUUGGAGACAGUUGA